AUGGCCGACCUCAAGACCAUCGUUCCGCAGCUCACAAACGCUCUCGAGCACAAGCAACUGGAUGCCGCCAACGACCUCCUCAGCAAAGCCAAGCGCGCCCUUCUCCUGCAAAAUGCCCUGAUCCCGACCCCCUCCACAUCUCCCCAGCUUGUCGUUCUCGCCCGCACAGUUCUCGAGCUGGGCGCCAUCGCCUCCAUUCGACAGACCGACGCGCAGACCUUCACAAGGUACUACCAGCAACUUCAGCCGUUCUACGACCUUGAGCGACAUGCCGGUUUGCCGGGUCAGACUUCGUCCGAGGUGGACUCGACAACCAGCCAACGUAGCAAAAUCACAGGAUUGUACCUCUUGCUGCUGUUGAGCAUGGGUGAUAGCGCCAACUUCCACACUGUGCUUGAAGGCUUGGUGGAAGAGGCCAGCUUGAAGGGCGCUCGUGUCGAAGACAACCCAUACAUUAAAUACCCCGUUGAGCUGGAGCGCAACUUGAUGGAGGGAAGCUAUGAUAAGGUGUGGAGGGAGACGAAGUCCGAACGUGUGCCUUCCGAGGACUUUGGUCUGUUCUCAAACGUUCUAAUUGGCACCAUCCGCAGCGAAAUCGCCGACUGCUCGGAGAAGGCCUAUCCCUCCCUUCCCAUUUCGAACGCCAAGAAUCUUCUCUUCCUGGAGUCCGAAGGUGCGGUUAUUGAGUUUGCCCAGCAGCGCGGCUGGAUUCUCCGCGAUGGACGGAUAUACUUCCCUGUUGAGCCCGAGGCGGCCACACGGUCUGAGAGGGAUAUCCUGGUGGCCAGUGGCACAGUUAUCGAGAAUACACUGGGCUACGCUCGGGAACUGGAGACGAUUGUUUAA